AGCUCCGAGGUUACUGAGCAGCAGGAGUCAGCCCCGCAGCCCGCAGCCCCACGCAGCCCCACGCAGCUCCUCUCCACGCACGCCCGCUGAUCAAAGUGUCCCGCAGCGCCAGGUCCCCGCCGCCGGUCUCACCUGAGAUCCUCACCUGAGCGCCCCGUUUUCUCUAAAACUGGAUUCCCGGAGCUCGUCGCCAUGCAUGCCCGGCUUUAGGUUCUCCAUGGAGCUCUCCAACCUGUACGAGGUGGCGCCCCGGCCCCCGAUGAGCAGCUUGACCCACAGCCAGCAGCCCUCCUCCGGCUACAGAGACCCGGCUGACCUCGGCGGUGACAUCGGCGACAACGAGACCUCCAUCGACCUGAGCGCCUACAUCGACCCGUCAGCGUUCAACGACGACUUCCUGGCCGACCUGUUCCACCACAGCUCCCGCCAGGACAAGCUGAAGAUGAUGAGCGGGGACUACGACUCUGUGUCCCAGCAGCAGCUCUACAUGUCCGGCUACAUGGACUCCAAGAUGGAGCCCUUCUACGAGCACAACCCGCCGCGCAUCCGCCCCGUGGCCAUCAAGCAGGAGCCCCGGGACGAGGAGGACCUGAACCUGAACCUGCCGCCGUCCUACCACCACCAGCACCCGCACUCCCAGUACCCGCAGCAGCACCACCACCACCACCAGCAGCAGCACCAGCAGCAGCAGCAGAUGCCGCACCUACAGUACCAGAUUGCGCACUGCGCGCAGACCGCCGUGCACCUCCAGCCGGGACACCCGACCCCUCCGCCGACCCCCGUGCCCAGCCCCCACCACCAGCACCCGCACCAGCAGCAGGGGGGCCUGAAGCUGCUGGAGCAGCAGCGGGGAGGCGGCAAGUCCAAGAAGAACGUCGAUAAGAGCAGCCCGGAGUACCGGCUGCGGCGGGAGCGCAACAACGUGGCCGUGCGCAAGAGCCGCGACAAGGCCAAGAUGCGCAACCUGGAGACGCAGCAGAAGGUGGUGGAGCUGACGGCCGACAACGACAGGCUGAGGCGCAGGGUGGAGCACCUGACCCGGGAGCUGGACACGCUACGGGGCAUCUUCAGACAGCUGCCGGACGGCUCCUUCAAACCCAUGGGCAGCUGAGGGAGCCGCGGGGCCACCGGACCGGAACUUUGUGGAUUAACCGGAGAGGAGAGCGCGGCAGCUGAGGAACAUCUGGACAGGUUCUGCUCCGUUUCUCCUCCAGCAGCUAAAAAACAGUCCAAAGCGCAGAAAACCUAGCAGACUUGAAGCAGCUUUGGUUCGUUUCAGGAUUUGUUUUUCUGAACGAACCGGACUCAGAACCUUUUACCGGACCCUCAUCUCACGGACUGAACUGAAAGGAGGAGGACAGACUCAUUCUGAUCAGCGUUUUGUGCCUUUUUGAGAGUUGUGUGCGUAAAGCCGAUAAGCUGAUCCACGCAGAGCCGCCAGCAGAACUCUGCUGGUUCUGUGCCUUUUUCUCACAGACUGAGCAGCUAAGGAGGCGCAGCGGAGACCCGCCUCAGCCUGUGUUUCCUUCAUUAAUGUGCUUUCUUCUGUAUUAGUAUUCAUCUCCAUGUAAUGAGCUGUAACUGAAUGCAGAACCUGCAGACUCCUGCUCUCUGCAGCGGGUCCUGCCGGUCCAGAACCCCCUGAUCCGGUCACAGUUCUCUCCCUCACCGGGAACUCUUCUGCGCCACUCAGACUAAAAUUAAGAAGGAAAGAGCUGAAAAGUUUUGAAUCCCACAAAAAGCAGUGAGCAGGUUUCCUUUGGCUUCCUACAGCAGCUGGUACUGGUUCUGGCCCGCUUCAGCUCACCCAACGCUGUGGUACCUGCUGCCGUCCCUGCAGGUGAAGCUCUGCAGCGGCGGCAGCAGCGCUCUCCUGUGCACUAUGAGCUGCAGCACCUUGCCUCAGACGCCAUGGUACUGAUCCGGACUCAAACACAACUCUCUGCACAUACCCAAGUCUUUUCGUGUGUUUGUGAUUCUUUGCGUAAAUGUGAACAGGGUUUCUAUGCAGGGCGGCUCUUCCUCCUCUCCUCUGGUGAGUCAUCCUCACACAGUGCCUUCUGACCCGCCGCCCAUCGCUCUGUUAGGAACCAUUUCCAGGCUUGUGUCAGCGAGGAAGAAGCAAGCACUUUGUUUCUAUGUAUUUCAACCUGUGUGACCAAGUGUAAAAUAAGUCUAUAUAUAAAUAUAUAUAUGAAAUACCAAAAAAUCUGAAGCAUUGUAAUAAAAGAACCUUGUUUUAUCACAUU